AUGGGAACCGACUGCGGCAACCACGGAACGUAUUGCUCCGGCGCCUGUGAGCAGAUGGGAACCGACUGCGGCAACCACGGAACGUCUAUCUCCUUCACCAUGAAGGUCACAUUGGCCGUCACGAUCACCUUCAGCAUCACCAUCGGCCUCCCCGUCAGUGGCGUCGUGGCCUAUCGCCUCCUCCGCCCGACCAAACCCUGCUUCUACAUCCAGAACGCCACCAUCUACCAGUUCAACCUCUCCUCCACCCCAGACGGCCUCCUCUCCUCCGUCAUGCAUGUCUCCGUCUCCUCCCUCAACCCCAACGGCCACGUCGGCCUCUACUACGACAGGCUCGGCGCCCACGCCGCCUACAUGGACCAGCGGAUCACUCUCCCCUCCGCCCUUUCCCCCGGUUUCCAGGGGCACAAGGACGUCACCGUCUGGUCGCUCUACCUCUACGGAGCCACCGUGCCGGUAUCGCCGCAGCUUGUGGAGGCCUUGCUGCAGGAACAGGCGGCCGGGUACCUGAGGCUCCACGUGAAGUUCCAGGGCAAGGUGCGGUGGAAGUUGGCGGGGUGGAUCUCCGGGCACUACCAUCUGGGCGUCAGCUGCCCCGUCUCGUUUGCUCUCCAAAACAUGGGAGAAGGUGAAGGUGCCGGCACCGGCGUCACCGACCCAGCGGCGUUCCGCUUCCAAAGCAUCUCUCAAUGCGGCGUUCACGUUUGA